AUGAGCAACGUGGACGAGUUCUACGAAUACGCGAAAAACAACUUCCUAAAUCUCCUUAAACAGAAUAAUGUACAUUCUCGAAAUGAAGAGAAGGCGAAUGAAAAAAAAAGGGGCAAGGAAAUUAGGGUUAAGGGAAUGCACGAUCGGCAUAUGUCUGAUAUGAGAAAGCUAAAGAGGGACGAACUAAAUGAUAAAGAAAGCUAUGACCAGAAAUGUAAAGAUUUUCUUCUUAAAAGGAAGAGUAAAGGUUUGAGGAGGAGCGCGAAGGGGAGCUCGGCAAGUGCUUCCUCGGACGCGUCAGCUUCAUCCGCAUCGGCAGGCAUGUCCACGAGAAGACGAAAGCGCGAGAAGCAUAGAAGAGGACAUAGGGAGAGGGACAAAAAGGGAAGGAAGAGGAAAACGGAGAAGGGGGACGAAAAAAGGAAGAAAAGAAAGAAGGAAACGAUGGAAGAAAAACCGAGGAAAGAGAAAAUCACCAAUUGUGAGGAGCGCAAACGAAAGGGAAAAAAGCACGAAGAUGGGGAAAAGAACUUAGCGGGGAAAAGCUACCUAGUGGGAGGACGAACAAGCGACUCGCAAGGGAGCAGUUCCCCUUCGGGUGAUGAAACCAAACGGAAGAGCAGAAGGGAAAAAGCGGAAAUCUAUUUUAGUAGCCAAAGUGAAGACAAAAUGAAGACACAUAUCACGGAAAAAAUCACCCAGUUGAGCGCCAAAUUGGAAAUAACAAUAGCGGAAAAAAAAGAAAAAAUGUUGUUAAAAAACUCAUUGAACAAAAAUUUAGUAGACUGUAAAUUUUGCAUCGACUCCAACUCUUUCAGCAAAAUAAAUAAAUUGAAUAUAAUCAGCAUCAGUCAGAAGUCAUACAUAUGUUACUACAAUUACAAAAAUGUCUUUUUAAAAGAUCAGUUGUUUAUUUCACCUAUUGAACAUACCGUGAGCGUAACAAACACAAAUUUUGAUACCGUGCAAGACAUGCGCAAUCACAUGAAGUCGCUAAUAGCCAUGUUGGAGGAAAGCAAUAAGACGUGCAUUUUUGUCGAAUUUAAUAACUGUUUUAAUGCUAGCAUCGAAUUAAUAUCGCUUAGAAAAACAAAACAUACUUAUAUUAAUUGUUACAUAAUACCAAUGGAAUUACUUGAGAAGGCAAAAAUUUAUUUCAAAAAAAAUCUGGAAGAUAUAAAUUCUUUAUAUAGAGAAAACAAGCAGUUAAUUAUCACGAAAAAUAAAUAUGCCCCUUAUAAUGUUUUACCGAAACAGAUUCCCUACGUUUCGGUCAAUUUUUCGCUAGUGGAGACGUAUAUACAAGAAAUUGAAAAUAAUUAUGAUUACAUAAAUAUGUGUAAAUGUAUUUUUACAGAUCUUUUUAAGAAGGAUAAAUUUUAUAAAUGUUUUCAAAAUUUUCAACAGUAUGUGAAUGCUGUGGAGACGUUUAAAUCUGCCUAUGGAAAGUACGAUUGGACGACUUAUAUAAAUUGA